CUUCUGCCUCCAAAGCUCGGUUGGCAAUUGAGAGGAGCGGCGAGAACAGGUGGAAUGGCUGGACAGCUGCGCUACCCGUGCAAGACAUCACCUGGAGUGGCGGAGGGGCUGCGCUACGCGGGCAAGGUCGUCUGCGUGACGGGCGGCACCAGAGGCAUUGGCGAAGCGAUCCUGAGAUUGUUCGUUCACGAAGGAGCCAAAGUGGUCUUCUGUGCACAGGAAUGUGAACGGGAAAGGGGGGAAGCCCUUCAGAGGGAACUGGAAGAGUCUGGGUGCCCUGGAGAAGCUCAUUUUGUGGUCUGUGAUGUUACCAGUGAAACAGAUAUUAAGAAUCUGAUUUCCGUGACCAUAAACCUGUAUGGAUGCCUUGAUUGUCUUGUGAACAAUGCUGGAUUUCAUCCUGCUUACCAAGAAAUAGAUGAUGUGUCUGCACAAGAUUUCCGCUGUCUGUUGGACAUCAAUGUUGUUGGCUAUUUCUUGGCAGCAAAGUAUGCGCUGCCUCAUCUCCGGAAGACGAAAGGGAACAUCAUUAACAUCGCCAGCCUUGUGGCUAUUAUUGGAGAAGCUAACGCUCUUGCAUACGUUGCAACCAAGGGUGCUGUAACUGCCAUGACAAAAGCGAUGGCCCUCGAUGAGAGCAAACGUGGAGUCCGAGUCAACAGUAUUUCACCUGGUAAUAUCUGGACUCCCUUGUGGCAGAAGCUGGCAAGCGAGGCAGAUGAUCCACAGGCAAAGAUCCAGGAAGGCAUUGAUGCUCAGCCUCUGGGACGGUUGGGGACCCCAGAAGAGAUCGCACUGGCUGUCUUGUUCAUGGCUUGUGACGCCACCUUUUGCACCGGGGCUGACCUUGUGAUCAGUGGAGGAGCUGAGCUUGGCUAUGGGAAGAAGAACAAUCGAGAUGCUGCCAAAGGUGUUGAAGGUGUUAAAGGCUAGUGGGAAUUGGCCAGGUGCUUACAAAGGCAGUGAAAACUUCAGGGUUGAUGUCUGUCUUUCCAGACGGCUGCCGAAAUGGCUGGCUGUGAUAACCCUAAUCUGUUACAAAUGAUAACAAUAAUAAAAAAAAUGUAUUGGGCGGAUUGUGGGAUGUCUCUUGACCAUUUGUUCUCCAUCACCACCCUGAAGAGAAUAAUUUCAAGUUUCCACUGAGUCGGGUCGAUCUGCUGACCUAUAGCUCCCAGCUCUUGCCUUAUAUCUGUGAAGAUUCCUGCUUUAUGGUUGACAGAAAAUUGGAAUUUUUUGUCCAGUACCAUUUUGUUGCAGCCCAAACAAUAAAGCGUUGUCAGGCCCCUUGAAAUGAAGAAACUGAGAUAUGUCACAGAGAUUAAGGGAGUGUUUUACCUCAGGGCUCUGUUGCAUUCCUGUCACAGUUCUUUAGGCAGCUGAAAGCUAGCAGGUGAAUGUUUCUUUUCUUGUGUCUAUGUUAUUAAAAAUAAAUAAAUUGUUUGGUAGUGGCCUUCCUGAUCUCAAUGAA